GUGACCGAAAUCAGCAUGGUCACUGUACGCAGCAGUAAAUAAGGCAAAUAAGCUUUUUUUGUGUGUGUGAAAUUGGUAAAUAGGGACAUUUUCGCACUGUUUGCGUUGGAGAAGUGACAAUGCCUCGCUACGCACAUCUGGUGAUGGGUCCUGCUGGAAGUGGAAAGAGUACUUAUUGUUCAACCAUGGUAGAGCAUUGCCAGGCCCUCAACCGAUCAGUACAGGUGGUGAAUCUGGAUCCAGCAGCAGAACAUUUUGAGUACUCUGUCAUGGCAGAUAUUCGAGAACUGAUCCAAGUGGAUGACGUUAUGGAGGACGAGUCUCUGCGAUUUGGUCCUAAUGGAGGACUGGUCUUCUGCAUGGAGUACUUUGCCAACAACUUUGACUGGUUGGAAGAGUGUCUUGGUCAUGUGGAGGAUGAUUAUAUACUCUUUGAUUGCCCUGGUCAGAUUGAGUUGUACACUCAUCUGCCUGUUAUGAAGCAGCUUGUGGAGCAGCUACAGCAAUGGGAGUUCCGUGUGUGUGGGGUGUUCUUGAUAGACUCACAAUUCAUGGUGGAGACCUUCAAGUUUAUCUCUGGAAUUAUGGCAGCCUUGAGUGCCAUGGUGAUGCUAGAAAUCCCACAAGUCAACAUAAUGACCAAAAUGGAUCUACUCAGUCCAAUGGCUAAAAAGGAAAUAGAAAAGUAUCUUGACCCGGAUAUGUACUCGGUGAUGGAGGACAAUUCUGUAGCUUUGACAAGCAAGAAAUUCAGAAAAUUAACCAAGGCCAUAUGUGGUUUGAUUGAUGACUACAGUUUGGUCCGUUUCCUGCCCUUUGAUCGUACUGAUGAGGAGUGCAUCAACAUCGUCCUGCAGCACAUUGACUUCUCCAUUCAGUAUGGUGAAGACUUGGAGUUUAAAGAGCCCAAGGAAGUUGAUGAGGAACCCAGUAACACAAAUUUUGAUGAGUUCUUCCAAGACCGAGUGGACUCUUGAGUGUGUGUGUGUGUGUGUGGGGAAAAUUUAGCUUCAUGCAGGACUAAGUUAGGAAUGUGUUUGACUGUUCUGAUUCAAGCGCAUUUAAGAAAUGGCUUCACUUAUUACAAAAACAUCUUGUCGCUUUCAUAAUGUCAUUGUUUGAAGGAUUCAACCCUACUUCUUUGCCAUGCCUCAAUCUUAGCAGAGUUUUAUAAAAUGUUGUCUUUUUUUUAGAAUUGUAUUUAUUUUUGCAAUAAAAAUGUGCAAAUGACAAAUGUGGUGUUUCACGUUUAGGAUUUUGUAAUUCAUUACAUUCUGUCCAUUUCUUGAUGGGCAUUUCUGGGUGAACCAUUCCUUUAAAUGAAAAUUAUUUAAUUUACUCACCCUUAUGCCAUC